CGUGCAGAUGCCCCGGGGUUCAGUCAGUGCCGGGUAGAGGCAGCGCUAUGGAUGGACGUGUGUCUGUAGUGCGUGCGGUCACCUGGCGCGUGCUCCCCGCCCCGGCCAGGGGGAGUGAGCGGGCCAGCCUUCUAAUUCACUAGUAACUGGGAUUCCCGCACAGUGGGCUCCCGCCCCCCGCACUUCCCUCGCCCCUCCCCUCCGAUAAACUCUGACAAACAGCCCGAGAAGUGGCAGCGAGACGGAGCUGAGCCGCCGGAACACGCUGCUCGCGGCUGCACUCCGCUGAGGGAAACUUUGUGCGCGCGCCCAGGUGCCAUGCCGGUCGGCAGCCUGCUGCCUUUCAGUGUGUCCCCGCUGGGGACGGGGAGCGGAGUGGGGGCCGGACCGGGCGGAUUGGCCCCCGGAGGCGGGGUGUCUGGGUUGCACUGGUUGGGCCCCGCGGGACGGAAGCUCUCCGGAUUUCGGCUGACUGAGAAGUUCGUGCUCCUUCUCGUGUUCAGCGGCUUCAUCACCUUGUGUUUCGGGGCCAUCUUCUUCCUCCCCGACUCCCCCAAGCUGCUGAGUGGAGUGUUCUUCCAGCAGCCUCCGCAGCGCACCCCCUUUGGUACCGGGCUGCAGGAUGAGGAGGACGGGGGGCGCCUCGCCCGGAUCCGGGAGGAACACGAGAGGGCUCUGCGGGAAGCCAAGGACACGCUGAACCGGCCGCCCGAGCAGAUCAAGGGGGAGAUCCAGGAGGAGAAGGACCGGCUGCGGGCGCAGGGCAAGGGCACGGCCGCGGGCAGGUUAAAUCCCCGGCCCUUCAAAGAGCCUAUCGGGGUGGUGGGCAAGGAGCCCGUGGAUCCUGAUGUCAAGCAGAAGCGGGACAAGAUCAAGGAGAUGAUGAAGUUUGCCUGGGAUAAUUAUAAGCGAUAUGCAUGGGGAUUAAAUGAACUGAAACCUAUUCAAAAACAAGGACAUUCAAGUAAUUUAUUUGGUAACAUCCAAGGUGCAACAAUUAUAGAUUCUCUUGAUACUUUGUUUGUCAUGGGAAUGAAGGAUGAAUUCAAGGAUGCUAAAGAAUGGGUGGACAAGAACCUAGAUUUCAAUGUGAAUGCUGAGGUGUCAGUUUUUGAAGUGAACAUUCGUUUUGUUGGUGGCCUUUUAUCUGCAUAUUACCUUUCUGGAGAAGAGAUCUUUAGAAGAAAAGCAGUGGAACUCGGAGAGAAACUGUUGCCUGCUUUCAAUACACCAACUGGAAUUCCUUGGGCUCUGUUAAACAUGAAGAGUGGCAUCGGUCGAAAUUGGCCAUGGGCAUCUGGAGGCAGCAGUAUCUUGGCUGAGUUUGGAACCCUGCACUUGGAGUUUGUACAUUUAAGUGAAAUAUCUGGAAAUCCAGUUUUUGCUGAAAAGGUGAUGAAUAUUCGAAAAGUGUUAAGUCGAUUGGAUAAACCUCAAGGGCUUUAUCCCAACUACCUGAAUCCCAGCAGUGGCCAAUGGGGACAGCACCAUGUAUCUGUAGGAGGACUAGGAGAUAGUUUCUAUGAGUAUUUGCUGAAGGCAUGGCUCAUGUCCGACAAGACUGAUGAGGACGCCAAGACGUUAUAUUACAGUGCCGUUCAGGCGAUUGAGACUCAUUUAAUGCGCAAGUCAAGCAAUGGCUUAACAUAUAUUGCUGAAUGGAAAGGAGGUCUUUUGGAGCAUAAAAUGGGACACUUGACGUGUUUUGCCGGUGGCAUGUUUGCCCUCGGUGCAGAUGGAGCACCAGGGGACAAAACGGGGCACCAUAUUGAACUGGCUGCAGAGAUUGCAAGGACCUGCCAUGAAUCCUAUGAUAGAACAACAAUGAAACUGGGACCUGAAGCAUUCAGGUUUGAUGGAGGUGUAGAAGCAAUUGCUACAAGACAAAAUGAGAAAUACUAUAUUUUACGACCUGAAGUGAUUGAAACCUAUAUGUACAUGUGGAGAUUUACACAUGAUCCAAAAUACCGACAGUGGGGCUGGGAAGCUGUUCAGGCAUUGGAAAAGUACUGCAGAGUGGAAGGCGGCUAUUCUGGCAUCCGGGAUGUUUAUGCUCCCCAUCCUGCUCAUGAUGAUGUGCAGCAAAGUUUUUACCUUGCGGAGACCCUCAAGUAUCUCUACUUAUUAUUUUCCGACGAUGAUCUUCUUCCGUUAGAACAUUGGAUUUUCAAUACUGAGGCACAUCCACUCCCUAUUAUCCAAAAGGCUGACAGAACGAUAGAAACCCUAGAGUAAUAAGAGACACGAAUUGCCUCAUAUACCGGAAAUUCACUGCAUUCCUGCAACAGUCCGAUCAGGACAGAGCACUCUUCAUGUCUAUUAACCAUUUAUUUUUCUUCUGAAGUUGUGAAGAAACCUUUUGCAGUCUGUCACGUUUACUUUAGGACUCCUGGGGGAUUCUAGAGCCGUUCCUUUGUGACCUAACCAGUUGCUGUGAAUUAAAAGCACCUUUCUUCUUGGACAUUC